AAGAAAUAGAAAUAGAAAUAGAAAUAGAAAAUUAAAAAUACUAAAAAAAAUGGCGUCAGAUGAUAUACAAAAUACACAAAGUAUAGACAAAAAUACAAACAAUAUCAGUGAAUCAAAGGCUUUCGACUGGUGGAGAAGAACUGUGCAAUACAAAACUGGAAUCAGUUUAUCUGACCAAGAUAAACUUCAAUAUGAAAAAGAUGCCCAAGAUAGAAAACAAAAAAGAGAUUGUGAAGCAUGCUACGAAUAUCGAGAUUGGAUGCUACAAUACUCCCCCAGCGUUAAAUUCAUGCUACAGCAAAUCAAAGACAUAUCUCCCAACCCCAACACUCCCUACAUUAAUGAAAACAAUAUAAUCUGCGAACACUGCAAUGAAUUUAAAGGUGGUGGUUUCAACUCAGAACUAGGUGUACUAAUCUGUCAAAAUAGAAUCUACAGUAAAUGGCAAUUGGAAGAUAUAAUGACCCACGAAUUAGUUCAUGCUUACGAUAACUUGAAAUUUAAAGUCGAUUGGUUCAACCUUCGUCACCAUGCUUGCUCAGAAAUAAGAGCGAGCUCUCUUAGUGGUGAAUGCAGAUUUGCUAACCAAUUCUUUAAAGGUGCAAUGAAAAAUUUUAAAAAGGGCCACCAGGAGUGUGUAAAAAGAAGAGCCAUUCUUUCUCUCACUAGUAAUCCUCAAUGUGAAAACAAACAACGAGCUGAAAAAGUCAUUGACGAGGUCUGGGAAUCUUGCUUUAAUGAUACAAGGCCAUUUGAAAGAAUCUUUAGAUAAUCUUUUAAAUUCUCCUCCCUUAUCCAUAUUCAAUUCUUGUAAAUAAACAUAUAAAGAUAUCCACCCCAACGGCUCUAUUCGGAAAAUCAACAAAUUACAUAAUAACGCGGUAUAUAUCAC